GGCGAUUCCCACUGGGCUGCUCGGCUGGCUCGACCGACCGAUGCGCACCCGCGCGUGCAACUCGAGGGGAUGGGAAUCGCUCCCUCCCCGUCUCACUUUCUCCCUCUCGUCAAAAAACUAGGGUUUACCCUAGGCUCUGCCGGCGGCGCGGCGCGGCGCUGCUCUCCUCGUCACUCCGGCCGCGAGCGGCGGCCCUCUCCCUAGCCGUGGCGGAGGCGGCAGCAGCGGCGAACCCUAGCCCCUUCCGCGGGAAGGAGCGGACGGCGAGGCGCGCGGAGGGCGGCGAGCGGCGCAGGGACUUGUAAGAAGAAGCAGCGGGCGUUCGGGAGGCAGCUGUGCCCCGCGGACGCCGCGGACGGCCUCGAUCCGCUUUGGCGCUCGUCGUCGAGGUAGCAUCCAAUAUGCAGCUUCCCAAUCAGGUCCUUACUGGUAUUUUUACAAUGUAGCUUGUGUGAUCGUGUGCGCCUUAUUUUCACAUUGGAUAAGGUGUAGUCAAUUUGACACUUUGAACUACCCUUGCAACAUUUAUUAUGGAAGUUGAUGAUGAUGUGGAGGAGGAUGACAUGGAUUUCAACCCUUUUCUCAGAGAAGGUUCUCCAUCUGAGACCUCAUCGAGCCUUACCUCAGAGGCAGAAUGCGAGGAGACUAGUUUUGAUGAUCAAAGAAGUAGUGAGGUAUAUCCUCAUGGUAAUUUUGUCAAUGAACACACGGGUGACUGUGCACUCCCACAAAGUGCAUUGCUUUCUGAAGAUACCUGCAAAGAAACUAAUCCAGAAAGCACUUCAUCCCAGGUUCCUUGUGAGAAUGGGGAUGGUUGCUUGAAUGGAUUGGAACAAGAGGCCUUACCAAGUGAAGUUGCUUGCUCUCCUUCAUUAAAGGAUUCUCAUAACCUCUUGCUUGAAGGUAGUGAGGAAGAUGCGAUCUGCCGGCGGACUCGAGCAAGAUACUCUCUAGCGAAUAAAUCACUAGAGGAGUUAGAGACCUUUCUCCAAGAAUCAGAUGAUGAUGGUGACCUGCAGAAUGUUGAUGAGGAAGAGGAAUAUCGUAAGUUUCUUGCAGCUGUCCUAUCUGGUGGAGAUGAUGGCACACAGGCAUGUCAGGGAGAUGAAAACCAAGAUGAAGAUGAGAAUGAUGCUGAUUUUGAGCUCGAAAUUGAGGAGGCCCUAGAAAGCGAUGGUGAUGAAAAUGCCGAGAACUAUGAAGACACAAAUAUUAUGAAAGAGAAAGACGGCCGUAGGCGUCAGACCAGGAAAAAUAGACCGUGCACAGAGUUGUCAGGAGCAGCCAAUGAACAUUAUGGAUCGACCAAAUCUUCUUUACGACCAAUUCUGCCAUAUAUCUCGCCUGAACUGCUUGCUUCUGGCCAACCUUAUGGGUGGCAGUAUCCUUCACAGAGUACCUUCAUCCCUUCGUCAUUGAUGCCAGUAAAUGGUGCUGCUUUAGCAAAUGGAUUUAGUGACCAGCAGCUUGGUCGACUGCAUAUGUUGAUAUACGAGCAUGUUCAGCUCCUGAUUCAAACCUUCUCUUUAUGUGUUCUUGACCCAUCUAAACAACAACUAGCUACUGAUGUUAAAAAGAUGAUAGUUGAGUUGGUUGGCUGUUGUGAUCGAGCACUGGCCAGUAGAAGCACUAUUCACCGGCAAUUCUGUUUUGAACCACAGCAUCUACGCUCUUCAUUUGGUUUUUCUUCUUCUGAGACCUUACAAUACCAAUGGAUGCCAUUAAUUAAGAGUCCUGUCAUGUCCAUCCUGGAUGUCUCACCACUUCAUUUGGCCCUUGGUUAUUUAAAGGAUGUUUCAGACGCUGUUGUGAAGUAUAGGAAAAGCCAUGUAGAUGGCACUGCUGACAAAAAUCGCUUUAAGAAAGAGCCUCUUUUUCCUACAACAGUAUUUAACACUUGUAAAGAUGCCAACAAAGUUUCUCAAGGCAGAUCAAAUAGUGUGUCCUCAUCACCAGAUACAUCUGGGAAGUCACAGCAGAAGAAAACAUUAGCUGCUACCCUUGUUGAGAAUACAAAAAAGGAGUCUGUUGCCCUUGUUCCAUCUGAUAUUGCAAGAUUAGCAGAGAGAUUCUUCCCACUUUUCAAUUCUUCACUAUUUCCUCAUAAGCCACCUCCUACAGCUAUGGCCAAUAGAGUGCUCUUCACUGAUGCGGAGGAUGGAUUAUUAGCUCUUGGACUUUUGGAAUACAAUAACGACUGGGGAGCAAUACAAAAACGAUUUCUUCCAUGUAAAUCGAAGCAUCAGAUAUUUGUGAGACAAAAGAACCGCAGCUCCUCCAAAGCUCCUGACAAUCCAAUUAAGGACGUUCGCCGUAUGAAGACCUCUCCAUUGACAAAUGAAGAACAACAGCGUAUCCAGGAGGGACUCAAGGCAUUCAAAAAUGAUUGGGCAUUGGUUUGGAGGUUCGUUGUGCCACAUAGAGAUCCUUCACUGCUCCCACGCCAAUGGAGGUCUGCCACUGGCGUCCAGAAAUCCUACAAUAAAAGUGAAGCCGAAAAAGAAAAAAGGCGAUCAUAUGAGGCUAAGAGGAGAAAACUUAAAGCUUCAAUGCCUAAUUCACAAGCGGUUCAUGGGCAGGAGGCUGACAACAAUGGCUCCGAGGGUGCUGAAAAUGAUGAUGAUGAUUUGUAUGUCAAUGAAGCAUUUUUGGCAGACACAGAGAAUAGGAGCAUAAACUAUCAGCCUUAUCAGCUGUCAUUACCAAGAAAUGCUGGAAAUGGCAUGAUGAUGCAGUCAGGCAGCAGCCUCUGUGAAGAAUCUGGUGUUGCAGGUGACUCUGCUGAACAGCAGAAAGGAAACAGCACAAAUUUUGAUGUGACAGCUUCAUAUUUCCCUUUUAGUUCUUGCACUUCUGAUGGCCUUUCAUCUAAGCGAAAGGUACAAGGUGGCUCUUUGGACCAACCGCAGGCUUCGCAAUUUUCAAAAGAGAAAGGUAGCUGUGUGGUCAAGUUAGCCCCAGAUUUGCCUCCUGUAAACCUUCCUCCUUCUGUCCGUGUGAUAUCUCAGGUGGCAUUCCAUCAGAAUGCAACACAACUCAAUGGCACCUCAGAUAAUGCGGCAAAGGAUCUUUUUCCUGUACCACCUCCAACCUUUUCAGAAAGUGUUUAUAGACAACUAAAUCUGUUCCCUGAUCAUAGUACUAAUGUUAGAUUACAUCAGAGUGGGAUUUCUAAUGGAAAUACGACAGAAGAUGGUGCUGAGCAAGAUUUUCAGAUGCAUCCUUUGCUUUUUCAGUACCCAAGAGAGGUGCUUUCAUCAUAUAAUCAUCCGGUUCAAAACCUUAUCAAUCAUUCAAGGGAUCUUUUCCCCUUUGAGAAAGUCCAAACCGAGAAAAGUAACAAUCAGACUACAGAUUGCAUUGAGACGAGAACUCCUGUAAAUGCUAAUACUAUUGAUUUCCAUCCUCUCCUGCAAAGAACUGAAGUUGAUAUGCAUGGUGAAGUACCAGGAGAUGACUGCAAUCGCCCUUAUAAUCAAUCUGAGUGUAACAUGAGGGAAGCCCCAGCAGAUGAUCAGUCAACAGCUAGGAAAAAAUCCACAGGCCCUUGUGAGAAGGAAAAUAAUAUUGACUUGGAUAUUCAUUUAUGUUCUUCAAGGGACUACAUGAAUGGAAAUGAUACCGGAGGUACCAGUAGCAAAUUGAAUGAUAGGGCAGAGGUGUCUAGGAAGGACAAAGCUAGUGUUUCAGAGCUGGAGGAUGGAAAUGUUUGUUCCCAUCAUGGCAUUGAAGAGCCUAAUGAAGAAUCAAUGCAAGGCAUUGUAAUGGAACAAGAAGAAUUAAGUGAUUCAGAGGAAGAUAGCCAGCAUGUCGAAUUUGAACGUGAGGAAAUGGAUGAUUCUGAUGAGGACCAAGUUCAAGGUGUCGACCCCUUGCUGGCUCAAAAUAAGGAGGUUUCAACAUCAGUUGGUUGUGGGGAGUAUGAAGGCAGUAAUAAUCAGAGCCAGAACCAACAAAGGUUAGUACAGGUGGGUGGUAAACAGGGUGCAGCAACGCAGAAACCACAGAGGCUUUCUAAUGCCAGACCAGCAAGAGAGAAGCUGAAGGGGGAUAAUGCGAAACGUCCAGGAUCUAGAACAACCCAACGAUCAUCCACGUCCCCUACAACUGAACCUAGCCAAACGAAAACUAGAAGGCCUAAAGCUCAGCAGGUACAGAUUGGUGCUGAGCGCAAGUCCAGUGAUUCAAGAAGAAGCAGAAAAAAACCUGCUCCAAGUUAAGGUCUUUCCAACAUUUCGUCUCAUUUGCACAUCAGUUACCUGUUUGCCUGGCCGCAAUAUUCUCCAGAUGAUAGCACGGUAAUCUGCUGUCAUUCGCACUUCUGUGAACGGAGCAGCAAGAUCAACAUGCGAAGGCGAGACCUUGUAAGUACAUGUCCACUGUUGAAUAGCAUGACUGAAGCGGCGAUCCAUGAUUCACCUCUGACACCAUUGACACAUUAGCCUGCCAUUGGCUCGUGAGAAAGCGUUCUACUUAUGGUGGGCACACAGAGAUCGUUGAGUAGUUAAUUGCUUUUGAUUGACUUGACUGAGUUUGUGUCCUCGUCCUCUCCACUCUCCAGGAAAGUCUCAGCGAGUCAUGCGUUGUGUUACAGCUUGUAACAUGAGCCAAUGUGUUAAUAGUUUUGUGAAGUUGGCGUAGCGCCAUGGCCAUUGACGCUAUAAUGUUAGUAAAGUUGAUUAGUGCAUGGCUUAUUUGGUUGCACAUCCAUUUUCCUACCUGCACGCGCACAUAUCUUCAACCUGUACGCUUGUUAUGUAGAGAGCUCACUGCAAUUACAUAUUGCAAGCUUGUAAAUAUUUUUCAAGAAGGCAUUUCAUUCCUUAAACUGUUAAACAUUUUCCCCAA